AUGAAGACAUUGUGGCUGAGGGUCUGCACAAACUGGGACGCUCUGCCCCUGGUAUCGACUAUGUUUAUCUUCAUCUGUCCCUUCCAGCCUGACCUCUCUCUCUGUGUCAUCCUGUUCUGGAGCAUUAAGAGGGGGCUGGAGGAAGCUUCAGGCACCUCUUCAGGGUCUCUUGCUAGUGGUCGUAAUCUAAGUGACAUUAACAUUCUCUCCAGAUACGUUCACCUACAGAAGUUGGAACUUUCAUAUAAUAAAAUUAAUGAUCUUUCGUGUAUCAGUCAGAUGCCUUACUUACUGGAACUGAAUGCUUCCAACAACAAUUUGACUACAUAUUUUGUAUUUAAGCCACCUAAAAAUCUCAAGGAAGUAGAUUUUUCAUGCAAUCAAAUACCUAAAAUGCAAGAUUUAUCAGCAUACCAGUCACUUACUAAACUCUUAUUGGACUUUAAUAACAUAGACGAGAUAAGUGGACUAGAGAAGUGCCAUAGUCUGAUUCAUCUUAGCUUGUCACACAACAGACUCACUGCAAUCAGUGGCCUUGAAAACUUACCUAUCAAAAUACUGAAUUUGAGUUCUAACCUCAUUGAGAAGAUAACUGGUUUGGAAAGCCUGAAAGCUGUACAGAAUCUGGACCUAUCUAGCAAUAAAAUAACUAGUUUAGAAGGUAUGGAGGGACAUGAUCUACUAGAGGUGAUCAAUCUAGAGGAUAACCAGAUUGCUGAGCUGGGCGAGCUUGAAUAUAUUGAAGAUCUGCCUCUCCUCAGAGUUUUAAAUCUGUUAAAAAAUCCUGUACAGGAGCAAACGGAUUAUUGGCUCUUGGUGAUUUUCAUGUUGCUUCAGCUAACAGAACUGGAUUGCAAGAAGCUUUCAGUGAAAGAAAAGGUUGCUGCUGUGAAUAAAUAUGAUCCUCCUCCAGAAGUUGUUGCUGCUAAAGAUCAUCUGACUCAUGUUAUGUAUAGCAUGAUGCAGCCUCAGAGGAUUUUUGACAGCACUUUACCUAGUCUUGAUGCUCCUUACCCCAUGCUCGUGUUGGUUGGCCCUCUGGCUUGCGGUAAGAGAGAGCUUACCCAUAAGAUCUGCAGACAAUACAACAAUUUCUUCAGAUAUGGUCCCUGUCACACCACCAGGGCAGCUUACUUUGGCGAAGAAAACCGACUUGAUUACUACUUCGUUUCUCAAGAAGCAUUUGACAAAAUGUUAAACAUGGGGAAAUUUUUAGCAACUUUUAAAUACAGUGGCUAUUAUUAUGGACUUGGAAGAGAUACGAUCGAAUCAAUUGCCAGAGAGGGUCUUGCAACCUGUGUCCACCUAGAAAUAGAGGGUGUGCGUAGUCUGAAAAAUAGCUACUUUGAGCCCAGAUAUAUCCUGUUAAUACCAAUGAGCAAAGAAAAAUAUGAGGGGCAUCUGCGAAGAAAGGGAUUAUUCAGCAGGCCAGAGAUCGAAGAGGCAGUCUCCCGAGUGGACAUGUACAUCCAAAUAAAUCAGGAUUUGCCAGGAUACUUUGAUGCAGUAAUUAACACAGAUGAACUGGAUGAGGCCUUCACAGAGCUGAAUUCCCUCAUAAAGGAGUACCUGGGUCUGGAACCACCUGCAGUUUUUGAUAGCUCUCCAGACUUGAACAGCAAUGCAGUAACAGGUUCAAGAAUGAGGUUCCUACAAGAUCAGAGGUUGUCACCCAGUGGAGUAAUUGCCAGGACUGCUGAGUCUUUGUCUGCCAAUGAAUUCUUGGACUCUUCUGCCAGAAGCUACUCAGCAAGCAUCUCAGAUGGAUUUGCUCCACCACUGGCCCCCGUGGAGGAAGCUUCUCUCCAGAGACGUCACUCUGCCACACGCCAGGCUCUGGCAGGGAAGGCCCCCAGUGCGUAUGUCCAGCUGUUUCAAAGGCCCUUGGCAGUCACUCCAGCACCAGGCAGCUCCCAUCAACAACUCCUGGAGCCAACAACACAGGUUCCUCCAUCUUCAGGAGGAGGGACCCAAGAGCAGAGCUUCACCCUUACCCACCCUGAGAGCCGUGACAGAGAGUCUGGCCCUGCUAGUGGGCUAUUACCAGUCUCAUCAUCUGCUGCAGAAGCUUUGCUUGUUCAGACCCCCCUUCCCCACGCUCGGCUCGCCGAUGAAGACCAAGUUGAGCAACAAGAGCCAAGAGGAGCUGAAAACGGAGCAGAAAGAUUGAAAGAGACCGAGCUCCCUGGUGACAAUCUCCCGAGAAGAUCCAAGUCCAAGGCUGGCUCUUCCCGUGUGCCUCAACUCGCCAACCGUCCAGGCUCCAACUCCAAACCUGUUCUACCUCCAAUCCCAUCUGGGCGGAAGAGGAACAACCUUUGACGGCUGCUACGAGCCAAACCUGUGUCUUGAUCGUGUUGAGUCUUUCUGACUAACAGGAAUACUGAUUUGGAUAUGAUUUCUCCUCAUCAAAGAAGAGUCUGUCAAAGAUUAUCUCUAAAUCCAUUCCUGAUUAACUCUGAAUUGCUCUUCCCUCUCCAAAAAAAGUUAUUUAUUUAUAACUUUAUUAAAAAGUAAUUUCU